AUGGAGGCUGAAGGUUCUGCUCCAGCUGGUCCUAGUGGCAGUGGUGGCGUGAGAGGCGCUGGGGAAGCAGGAAGAGGCGUUGUAGGCGGAUCUGCACCAAUAGCAUCCGUUUCAACACCAGCCAAGGAUGAUGUGAAGGCAUUCAACCUAGAGAAGUUCUCUGGGGAGGAUUGGGCAUCAUGGAGCUUCAGGAUGGAGCUCCUAUUUAACCAUUAUGGGCUGCUUGAAGUGAUGGAUGGAGAAUUGAAGAGGCCUGCGAGCGAAGGAGCGACCAAGGAAUGGGAUCGCCGAUCCAAGGAUGGAUUCAACCUUCUCUCUCAAUGCCUCUCAUCCAACCAGCUGCACCACGUCAAGCAUCUCAUCAAGGAUAUCCAGUGUGGUCCCAAGGCAUGGAAAAUAUUGAAGGAUGUCCAUGCCCCCAGCAGCGAAGCGAUGGUGGUGGUGCUCGAACAACAACUCCAUGCGGUGAAGAUCAACGAGGGUGAUGCCGUGCAAGGAGCGUUCGAUCAACUCCGGGACCUCUAUGUGAAGCUCUCUGCUGCUGGUGUGGACUACCCUGAAAAGAUCAAGUGCUACAAGGCUCUCUCCCUGCUGCCGGAUUCGUGGGGCCCCUUGGUGGUCAACCUCAAUGGCAUGAAGGACUCAUGGUCCCUUGAGUGGAUUCGUGCUCAAGUCCUUCAAGAGGAGUUUCGGAGGAAGGAGCUGACUGCCGCUGCCGGUGAAGGUGGAGGCUCUGCCUAUGGCAUGAAAGGCUUCAAGGGACGUGGCAGCAAGAAAGGCAAGGCCAAGGAAGGCUCUGGAGGGGAGCAGUAUUCGGGAGGGAAGCGUAGCAACAAGGGAGGCAAGCGGUGUGGCGGCAAGUGUUGGUAUUGCCAUGUGGAAGUGAGGAGGGCGAUGGAGGUGCCGGCGGACAUGGCGGCAUGUUCUACCAUGUAG